AUGGUGUUUGACUAUAAAGGACUCUUGAAGACCGGAGACAUCAUCCUCCACUGCUGGUCUUCAUUUCCUGAUGAACUUGAGGAGAUGCUGAAUCCGAUAGGAACCGUUCAGACAAACCCGUACACGGAGAACGCCACGGCGCUGCACAUCAACUUUCCCGAAUACUUGCCUCAUUCUAUCGUCUUUCCUCCUUUUGACAAGAUUCUGGAGAAAGCCGCAGAGAUCGCCGGUGCCAGUGACUGUGUCCCGAUGAGCCGCGGGGGUAAGAAGUUCCACAUCGAGCUGAAGGAGAUCAUGGAGCGAGACCCUCUGUCUCAGUUGUGUGAAAACGAGAAAGACCUGAUCUGGACCCUGAGACACGACUGCAGAGAGAACUUCCCUCAGUCUCUGCCCAAACUGCUGCUGUCGGUCAAGUGGAGCAAGCACGAGGACAUGGCCCAGCUCCAGGCCCUGCUGCAGAUCUGGCCCAAACUCAGUCCUCGAGACGCUCUGGAGCUUCUGGACUUUAACUAUCCCGACCAGUACGUCCGGGAGUACGCCGUGGGCUGCCUGCGGGACAUGAGUGACGACGAGCUGUCGCAGUACCUGCUGCAGCUGGUGCAGGUGCUGCGCUAUGAACCGUACUACGACUGCGCCCUCACACACUUCCUGCUGCAGCGAGCGCAAGGAAACCGCAAGAUCGGACACUUCUUAUUCUGGCAUUUAAGGUCGGAGAUGCACAUGCCGGCCGUGUCGGUCCAGUUCUCCCUGAUCUUAGAGGCCUACUGCAGAGGCAGCAUUCCUCACAUUGAGGUUCUGAAGAAGCAGGUUGAGGCGUUGACUAAACUGAAGUCUGUGAAUGAACUGAUCAAACUGGGAACCAUUAAAAACGCUCGGAGCAAAGCGAAGGAAGCGAUGCUGACGAAGGAGGCCAUGCUGACCUGUCUGCGACAGAGCGGGUACUCGGACGCCCUCUCCGACAUUCACUCCCCUCUCAACCCCAACAUCCUCUUGGCUGCCAUCAAUGUGGAGAAAUGUCGAUACAUGGAUUCUAAGAUGAAACCUUUAUGGAUCGUGUAUAACAACAAACUGCUGGACUCGGACACUCUGGGAAUCAUCUUCAAGAACGGAGACGAUCUGAGACAGGACAUGCUCACGCUGCAGAUAUUACGACUCAUGGACCUCCUUUGGAAAGAGGCCAACCUCGACCUCAGGAUCGUCCCGUACGGCUGCCUCGCCACCGGAGACCGAGCCGGACUCAUCGAGGUCGUGUCUUCCGCCGACACCAUCGCAAACAUCCAACUCACCAGCAGCAACGUGGCGGCGGCGGCGGCGUUCAACAAGGACGCUCUGCUCAACUGGCUCAAGGAGAGGAACACUGGUGAUGCUUUGGAUCGAGCCAUCGAGGAGUUCACUCUGUCCUGCGCCGGAUACUGCGUCGCUACCUACGUCCUCGGCAUCGGAGACCGCCACAGCGACAACAUCAUGGUCCGCAGCACGGGACAGCUUUUUCACAUCGACUUCGGCCACAUCCUCGGAAACUUUAAAUCCAAGUUUGGAAUCAAGAGAGAGAGAGUCCCCUUCAUCCUCACCCACGACUUCAUCCACGUCAUCCAGCAGGGCAAGACCGGCUACACCGAGAAGUUCGGGAGUUUCCGACAGUAUUGUGAAGAGGCGUAUCUGGUCUUGCGGAGGAACGGGAACCUCUUCAUCACGCUGUUCGCGCUCAUGCUAACGGCCGGUCUGCCCGAGCUCACCUCCGUCAAAGACAUCCAGUAUCUGAAGGACUCUCUGGCUCUGGGUAAAACAGACGAAGAAGCUCUGAAACAGUUCAGGCAGAAGUUUGACGAGGCGCUGAGAGAGAGCUGGACCACCAAAGUCAACUGGAUGGCUCAUAACGUGGCCAAAGACAACCGCUCCUAG